UUGUAGCAGAAAUUUAAAACACAAAAUACAAAAGCUGUAUAUUUGUGGAUGUGUCGUGUUUUGUCUCCAAUUAUGAUAUAUUAGGUCUGGUAGAGGAAACAUCUUCAUAUAUCAGUUAAACAUCAUCACGUGGACUAUUCUGAGAUAACUUUUUGGAGCUUAGAGACGAUAAUGGCACAAUAUAACUUUGAGAAUGAGCUGGCUAGUGUGCUAAAGAUGGAUGCACCAAUCACGAAGGGCCCAAUGAUGAGGUGGCAGCGAAAACUGAAUGAAAGCAACACAUGCAACAAUUCCAUGAACUGUUCGAUGAACAAAUCACUUGGCAUGAAUGCCUCUAUUAACACCAGCACUACAGCGAAGACGCCAAAGAAAUCGCUGAAUAAAUCACUUAACAGUAAAGGCAGUAAAACUCCCAAAACACCCAAGGGUCUUGGUGACAGGUUUAUUCCAAAUCGCAGUUCCACACAAUUUGAUCUUUCCCAUUACAAAGUGAUGAACACUGAUACAGAGAAUGCUCAAGAUGAAACUAUGAGUCCAUCAAAGAGAGAUUUUCAAAAGGGGAUGAGUGAUAAUCUGCAUGGUGAUGCACUUAAUGCUAAAAUAAUGAGCUACCAAACCAAAGCUCCACCUGCCCCUGAAGGAUACCAGAACAACUUAAAGGUGCUAUACAGUCAGAACAAAACACCUGGGUCAUGUAGGAAAGCUGUACGCCACAUACCACAAGUACCAGAGAGAAUCCUUGAUGCACCAGAGAUACUUGAUGACUACUAUCUCAACCUGCUGGAUUGGUCGGUAAACAACCACUUAGCUGUGUGCCUUGGGGGCAACAUCUACCUGUGGAAUGCUACAUCAGGGAACAUCCAACAACUUCUGUCCAUGGAGAACCAGGAGGACUAUGUCUCCAGUGUGUCAUGGAUCAAGGAGGGGAACUAUCUUGCAGUUGGAACAAGCAGUUCGGAAGUGCAGUUGUGGGAUGUAGAGAACCAGAAAAGAAUUCGCAGUAUGACAGGCCAUGUUGCCAGAGUAGGCUCCCUAUCAUGGAACUCAUAUGUACUCAGCAGUGGUUCCCGAAGUGGUAAUAUCCACCAUCAUGAUGUGAGGGUACCCCAGCACCACAUAGCUACCCUGAGCGGCCAUACUCAGGAGGUGUGUGGAUUGAGUUGGUCCCCAGAUGGCAAGUACUUGGCUAGUGGCGGCAAUGAUAACAUGUUGAACAUCUGGCCAGCCAUCAUUGGAUCACAAGACAACAGCAAUAAUACUCCUCUAUACACAUUCUCCCAACACCAGGCAGCUGUCAAGGCUCUCGCAUGGUGUCCAUGGCAACCUAGUCUUCUAGCCAGUGGAGGGGGAACAGCUGAUCGACACAUACGUUUCUGGAACAUCAACUCUGGGAGCAGCCUCAAUGCAAUAGACACAAAGUCACAAGUGUGCUCAAUACUCUGGAGUAAAGAGUACAAAGAGUUGAUCUCUGGGCAUGGAUUUGCACAGAACCAGCUAUGUAUAUGGAAGUACCCCACAAUGACAAAAGUAGCAGAACUUACAGGUCACACAGCAAGGAUACUUCAUAUGGCUAUGUCACCAGAUGGCACCACAGUGGUAUCAGGGGCUGCUGACGAGACCUUGAGACUUUGGAAAUGUUUUGGGGUUGAUCCUCAAAAGAAAAAGGAACAGAAAAGUAGUACAAAAGGAACCAGUAGUUCAUUAAUGAGAGGAGGGAUAAGAUAAAAUACAAAUAUUUGCCAAUGGUAUACCUCAAGUGGAAGAAGGCUGAUUCUAAAGAGAGAAAUAUGGACAGAGUGUUGUGUGUGGUAUUGAUGUGAAAAGUGAAAAUGCCACAAUGUGGAAGUAUGUACUGUGUGGUGUGAAAAAUGAAGUGAAAUAUGUGAUGUCAAGCCAUUAACACUUAUACUUGUUUGUCAACUUUACAUUGGCAAUAUAUGAAGUACCACAAAACAUGGUACAUCUGGUAGUAGGUUGUUAUAUGAGUUCAUGGAUUAUAUUUUUAGUUUUGAAUCCUGGAACUUGUGAUUGUAAAAUAUUGUUUUCAUGUUUGACCAGACAGAAGAGUAAAAGGUGUGGAUCUGGUUGUUACAGAAAAAUGUUUUAUUUGGGGUAAAAGGGAACAUCUAAUUAACUAGUGCUCCUAAUAUAUUAACAUCUGAACCUUCAAAUGUUUUAAGAAUUAAUAUUAAUAAAUGUACAUGUACAGUUGUACACAUGUAUUUGUACAUGUAAUUUCAUGAACCACAGUAUUAGCUUGUUUUCAUGUUCAAAAUUGUUUCAUUUUUUCAUAUAUUUUAGUUUGUAAUAAUAAUAGGGAGAUUUGGUUGGUACUACCUUUUUACAUGAAUGUGAAUGGAAAGAUUUAUGCAUUCCAUAUAAAGUCAAUAUGGGAAUGUGUUCAAAUGCCCAUUCUACUUCAAUAUCUGUUCAGCUCCAGGGUUUCAUGAUUAGCUACAGAUUUAAUUUGGCUUUCGAGAUAUAUUGUAUUGUAGUCCAAAUCCCUCUGUCUGAAUAUGUCUUGUACAUGCAAAAUGUAUUGGUAUUGUACAGUAUUUAAGGGGUACAGCUGUAUGUAAUUGUUUGUGCAUGCUAUAUGUUUAUACAUUCUCUUAUCAAUUUCAUUUGCAAAAGUGCAAGCUUAGAUCUCUAAUAUACUUGUAAGGUUUACUCUAUAUCUAAUCUAUAUCAGGGGGGGGGGGUAGAAAUGUGUUGAGUAUUUUCAUUAAGGUAUAGUUUUAUUUUGACGUCUCGUGAACAUUUUUUAGUCUAACUCACCUGCCAAAAUGUUCAUUCCAUUCCCAGUACAUCGCAAAACAUUCAAUUGUCACAAAUUGACACCA